AUGAAUAGGACUGCGUGCGAGCCACUGCAAAAAGCAAUCACGUACAGUGAUCUGGCUUCCAACGUCACGGAGUUUGAGUACUGCGAUGUCUGGGAUCAUAACCAGGUCGCCAGCUGCUCAUCGUGUCUCCGUGCGGGAAACAACAACUUCAUCAACAACUUUCUUACCAUCCUAGACGCGGGCUGCCAGCAAAAGCCUGUGCCUGGCACAACCAUCUCUGUGGACGGGUCUCCAUUCUCAAAAACUCGAGUCAACAUCACGGAGCCAACGCCGACGAACACGUACGUCUCGGACUACAACAGCGGUCCCAUCAGUCUCGGCGGCAAGGUCGGAAUUGCGAUGGGAGGCGUUGUCCUCAUUCUUGUGGUUGCCGGUUUCUGCAUCGUGUGGAACGGAAAGAGGAGACGCAGAGCAUUCUUGAAGACGCUCGAAAUGAAACAGCAGAGUGGCGGCGGUCGGUCCGGAUGGCCAACACCGCUCAAUACCAGUGGCAUCGGCGGCACUCCCCUUAGCCAGAAGCCAUUACGAACCUGGGACGCCUCGCCGCAGAGUCAAGGGCCUUCUCGUGGAUGGGACGAUUCACCCAUGAGUGCCAAUGGGGAACAACCGUACACGAGAUACUUCUCUCCAUACUCUUCUCAGUACAACAGUCCAGUAAGCGGUGCUGAGGCACCUGCCAUGCAAUGGCCGGUCAACGACGCGAACACCCAAAGACAACCUCAAGAGAUCGGUCUCGCGUUCGGAGGUGAUAGUCAAGAGCAGAGGUGGAAUGACUCGAAAGGGAAAGAGCGAUCGGAGUCGUACGAGAUGAGGGAUGUUGAGCCUGAGUGGGACGCCCGACAGAGAUACCCAAGCCCACCGAAUGUUCAGCAGCCGGCGCACACGGUCUAUGCUGAACACAACCCGGCGGCCUAUCACGGUCUAACAGAGGAGGACCUGCGGAGAGGAUAUGCUCUCUGA